AUGGUCGCACCAGCCUAUCCACCAUACCACCUUGAGCCACAGCCGCCCGCGUAUCAGCUGCACUACAACGGCGCACAUUAUGGUUUUCACGAGUCUUCUGAGGAAGAGGACGAGCCUAUCGAACAGCCGACCACCGUGAAGCAAGGUACGCCAAAUGAGAGGCAGAACGGCCACCGCAGAGUCUGCCUUCUUGCUAGAAUCAAUGCUUUCAUGCAUCCCAAUGCUCGUCGCAGCGCCGUGGAUGAAGAGGCCGUCCGACUCGCCAACACUCAAGCACAAGUCAUCGCAUCGAUACUGCUCGAGGGCAGGCCUGAGCGCCGAAUGCUGUAUACCAAUGCAACGUCCACGCCACAAGCGCGAGCGCGACAGCAUCAUCUUGGCCAGGCCAGAUCACACUUGGAAAAGACGAGAGCCAGGAACUCCGCGCAACCUUCCCAUGAGCAAGGCUACUCGACGCCUCGUGGCGGUACCCGACUUGACUCCGUGGCCGAAGACCCUGCUGAACAUGACGAUGACACGUCCUCUGAACAUUGGAUCCAUGUACUUGGUCGCGGCAAAUCCGAUCAAGUAGAUGGUUGGCACAAAGUAAAGAAGCCUUUGCCUCCACCUCCGGUUCCUAGAGGAGCGGAUAGACUUCGCGAUCCGCGACGUGGCGAUUAUCGCGCGGUUCAUGCGAGUCGCCUGCAGCCAACAAGCUCGACAAGAGCCACACCCGCUUCACUACCACCCCAGCCUACGAGAGUCUUGCGGAAGGUCAGAGGUGCUUGCGAACUCAAGUAUGCCGAUGACUCAGGCGUUCACACUCCCCGAUCGAGCCUCACCAGCUCUGAUCGCUCGCUUGAGUCGGACCAUGUACAGAAUUGGGUCUCGACGCAGGACCCUAUACAAAAAUGCGGCAAUAGACCAGGAUUCGUGCACCCCAGGAAUAAGCCUCCGCCUCCGCCUCAUCAUCAGCUACGGACUCAUGAACAUUACGACAUGCAUCGCCAACGCUUGCCGCUGGGUGAGCCCGAGCUCGGCGGCCUAUACGGUAUCCUUGUCCAGCAUGAGAAAGACAAACGUAAGCCAUUGGUGUUGGAUGGGGUUAGGCGCGUUCAACGCCCCACAGAUCCCAUCAACGGGAUCAGGCCAUUGUCGCGACCGGCGAGUAGUUCCGAGCUGGACGACUCGGCUACAUACUACAAGGAUAACGGCCCAGAUAUGCCACCUACGAGAUUAUACUCCCAUGAUCGAAAUUCACCGGAUCCUAGAUGGGUGGAUGUGCCGCUAACGGAGAAGAUUAUGGUGAAGAAGCCGGUCAGACAGGUGAAAUCGAUGCCUGUGCUUGAAAGGCAGCAGGGUCUGCAGCAACAUAGAAUGGCGCCGGUCAAAUCCGUACGUCCUUCGCCAGCAUAUGCACCUGCUAGUACUACAAACGACACGACGCAAUACUCUGUGGACAUGGUCCCACCACCUCUUCGCACCAAACGCAGCACACCGAGUGUCUCGACUCCUUCUAUCGACUCGGUCAUGGGUCACUGGAACCGUACCGUACUGGUCCCCAAUACCGACGGACACCUACGCACAGUCAAUGGUCUCGCCUCCCAAGCCUCCAUGAUCAGCCUCGGUAGCAGGUCAACAGCGUCAUACCGCACAGCAAAGCCACAAAUCAGCAUGCCGGACCUCCGCAUUCGUUACAGACAGUCGUCGAACGACCUCCGUGGCCACCACAGACGAACUCAAUGUGAGGACGUUGGCGGACAGAUGCUCAAGUUCCCACCUCCAGUCAGGCUGGGUGCGCGAGUCGGGAGGAAUGGGUCUAUACAGAGUAAGGAUUAUGGACAGAUCGGCGCCGGGUACAGCGGUGUGAUGUCGUCAUUAACACGCUACCCGUCAGCUUCUGAAACGCCGACGCCCUCUUCCGACCGCAGCCGUAGGGCGAGUCGACAGCCCGAGGAUCAAUACCUCAUGUCUGGUGGCCUCGGUCAUGCAAGUUCAACAGAGAGAAGUGUUAGCUUAGCACUGUGCCAGAGGGCUCGGUGA